GAGGAUGUUUCCUUCCAAGAAAAUAGCUGAGAAGCUACAAUGGCACAAGCUGAAGAGAAAACCAGUAGAUAAUGAGCUUAGUCAUCUAGCUGAUGGUGAGGCAUGGAAGGACUUUGAUAAAAAAAUAUGAGUGGUUUGCUGAGGAUCCAAGAAACAUCAGGUUGGGCCUUGCUACGGAUGGUUUCAAUCCAUUUGGCAAAAUGAACGCCACAUAUAGCAUGUGGCCGGUAUUUCUUGUGCCCUAUAACUUUCCUCCAUGGGUAUGUAUGGAACAAUCAAACUUCAUGAUGAGCCUACUCAUCCCUGGAAAGGAUUUUGAUGUCUUUUUGGAGCCACUAGUUGAAGAGUUGCUAGGGCUUUGGAAAGGUGUCAGUACCUUCGACACUGUUAGUAGAAAAACUUUUGACCUACAUGCUGCAGUCAUAUGGUGUAUUCAUGAUUAUCCAGCUUUGAGUACAUUGCCAGGCAGAGUCACAAGAGGUUAUUAUGCAUGUGUUCGUUGUGACAAAAAUCCUUGCUCUAGAAGAAUAAGGAAUAAGAUAUGUUAUAUUGGCCAUCGACGUUUCCUUCCUACAGACCAUCUAUGGAGGAGAAAGAAAUGUUUUGAUGGUCAGGUUGAAGAACGUGGCAAACUAGAGGAUUUUACUUUGGAAGAGUUUAUGCAACAAUUGGAGAGGGUCAAGGAUGUUAGGCCAGGAAAGCAUCCUCAAAGCAAGAAGAGAAAGCGGGGAGAAGAUGAUCAAUGCUGGAAGCGAAGGUCUUGUUUGUUUGAUUUGCCGUAUUGGACUAGUUUGAAGCUACGGCACAAUCUUGAUGUAAUGCAUAUUGAAAAAAAUAUAUGUGACUACAUUCUUGCUACAUUUCUCGGCCUGGUUGGGAAGUCAAAGGACAAUAUCAAUGCUAGGCUUGAUUUGGACGAUAUGGGCAUAAGAAAAAAAUUACACUUGAGGUAUGAUGGAAAAUCAUACAGUGUUCCACAUGCCCCCUAUACAAUGGAUAAAGCCCAAAAGCAAGCUUUUUGUGAUUUUAUAAGUGUGAAAUUCCCUGAUGGAUUUGCUUCGAACAUAGCAACACACAUUACUACUGAUGCCAUAUACUACUCCAAAGGAUUUUACCUGUUGCUAUCAGAGGAAUCAUGCAUAAGGACAUCUAUGAAGCACUUGCAGAAUUAGCUAAAUUCUUUCAGCAAUUAUGUUCUAAAACUCUGAAGGUAGAUGUUUUGCAUAGAAUGAAAGCUAAAAUCCCAAUCAUUCUGUGCAAGCUUGAGAAAAUAUUUUCUCCUUCUUUCUUCAAUGUCAUGUUACACUUGGCUGUUCAUUUGCCUGAUGAGGCACUCCUUAGAGGUCCAGUUCAAUAUGGAUGGAUGUACCCGGUUGAAAGAAGGUUGUAUACCUUGAAGCGUUUUGUGAGGAGCAUGGCAAGACCUGAAGGAUCCAUUGCAGAAGCAUAUGCUGCUAAUGAGUGCUUGCAUGCUUGCUCAUGGCACUUUGAUGAUCUUGACACAUGACACAAUCGGGAAGGAAGGAACAGAGAGCGUGUCGAUUUGAGUAGAGGCGACCUAUCUAUUUUUCAGCAUGGAGUUGACUUACUUGGAGCCUCUAGGGUCACAUACCUCAAACAUGACUAUGAGAAGAUGGUUUGGUUUGUGUUGAAUAAUUGUCCAGAGGUGGAGCCAUAUAUCGAGAUAUGCAGGAAAGAGUUUGUGGAAAAAGGAAUUCUUGAUGUUAAAAAAACCCUUGAGAAGCAAUUUUCCUCCUGGUUUAAGAAGCAUGGGGACGAGGUCCCUGAUGGCCUAUAUGCAUUGUCAUGUGAUCAGGAUCUGCGAGUUCGAAAAUUUUCAGGAUGUCUUGUUGAUGGCAUUCGAUUCCACACUACCGACCGUGACAAAAAUAGAAAAACACAGAAUAGUGGAGUAAUGACAGAGGGUACACAUGAUGGAGAUCCUAUUGAGUUUUAUGGUUCCUUCAAAUAAAUAAUUGAGCUGCAGUACAACUCAGAUUUAAGCAACAGCCGGACAGUGGUUCUCUUCCGAUGUGAUUGGUAUGAUACUAAUGCCAAAAGUUCUAGAAUGAAGGAUGAUGGCUUUUUUAGAAGCAUCAACUGUGCCAAUUGCUGGUACAAGGAUGACCCUUUUAUUCUGGCAACACAGGCAACAAAGAUUUUCUAUUUGAAAGACACCGCAAAAAAUGCUGAAGGCUGGAGCGUUGUUCAAAAAUUUACU